AUGACUGAUCGUACAAUUUCCAGGCAUAGUGGAAGAAUCACUAUUGAUAAUCGUUGGGUCGUGCCUCAUAAUCUUUAUUUGGUUGCUAAAUACAACGCACACAUCAGCAUGGAGAUUUGCAGCCAGGUCAACUCGGUCAAAUACAUAUACAAAUAUAUAUACAAGGGCCAUGACAGAGCACAGGUAUACACGGGCUCAUCUGCUCAAGAUGAUCAUCAGGAUGAGAUCAAAAAGCUUCUUGAUGCAAGAUAUGUCUCGGAAUCUGAAGCCUGUUGGAGAAUCAUGUCUUUCCCUAUGCAUAAGGAAUACCCCUCUACACAGCGCCUGGAUAUCCAUUUGGAGAACGAUAGAAGGGUGUACUUUAACGAGAACGAAAGUUCUGACCAGGUCUUGAACCGUACACUUCCAGAAACAACCCUGACAGCUUGGUUCAAGUACAAUCUCGAAAAUCCUGAAGAUAACGAAGCUAAGCAAACUUUGUAUCCGGACUUCUGUGAAAAGUACGUUUUUUAUAAACAACAGAACCCAAGAGUUUGGAAACCUGGACGUUCAGGUUUUGGUGGAGCCAUUGGCAGAGUCUACGCUGUAUCUCCAAAAGAUAUUGAAAAGUAUCAUUUAAGAAUCCUAUUGUAUCGAAUUCCAGGAGCAACAUCCUUUACCUACAUGCGAACGUACAAUGGCCGCGUCUAUCCGUCUUAUCAGGCUACUGCCAGAGCAAUGGGUCUUCUGCAAGAUGACAAUAAUGAAUGGAAUGAUACCAUGUCAGAAGCAAGCACCACUAUGUCACCUCAAAAAAUACGGCAACUCUUCUGUAUUCUGCUCUCCUUCUGCGAUGUCUCUGAUCCUUUUCAGCUAUGGUUGAAUCACAGACUACAUCUAGCUGAGGACUAUCUGUAUCGUAGGCAACAAGAGGCAAGAGCUCUGAACCAACCUGUUCCCACUGAAAUAACAGACGAGAUGUAUGGCCACUGCCUUCUUGAUUUGAAUCAAAUUUUGGUUGCCAACCAAUUUGAUUUGAAAACUAUGGAUGGUUUCAAGAACGUUUUCCCUACUGUUGAUAAUACUAGGGAUAACUAUGCUUACCCUGAGCACUCUACCCCGCUGGAAAGGAUGCAUGCCACUCUGCUAAUUGAAGCCUUGGAAGCUCCUGACCCAAACUCUUUGCCAUUCAAUCCAAGCCAAUUGAUAGCUUACAAUGCCAUUCAACGUUGCGCGUUAGCUGACGAAAACUAUGAUGCUGCACAGUCCAAACUGUUUUUUUAUUGA